UUUGGACCUGCAACACGUUGGACGUCCUAAAUAUCAUCUGAAACCCAUGGUUAAAGCUGACAUAGUCUGUAUGUGAGUCGGAGAUCUUUGGGAUAAACGAUAGCUUCGCUUCGACUUAUUUCCUUUUGAGGACAACAACAAUGCCUGCCUGAAGAACUUAAUCCUUGGAUGAACAUCGAAGAUCUUUCAAAGAUUUCGGAUUGGAACUCCAAGUGUUCGUUGUCUCAAAUGUCACAAAAAUUCUCCCAGAUCCUCACAUUCUCGGCUCCCACAUUACCCCCAAAAACAUUAGCUUUUAGGCUUUUAAGAAUUCAGUUAAAUUUUGUAGUUUUGUAAAAUAGAGGAAAGGAUAAUGUCACGCCUAACCAAAUUGAACGAUAUGGAACACUUGAUGCUGAACCACUGGCUGGAUACGCACGACAUCAAACUCGAUUAUCACACACGAAAUCAGUUUCGCGAUGCCCUGGCCAUUGCCAGAGUCUUCGAGAAGAUCCAUCCAGAAGUCGUUGAUUUGCACAGCUACAUACCCCGCACCAGUGUGGCCAUGAUGAUUGAGAACUGGAAGAUAUUCAAUACGCGGGUCCUGACCAAACUCAAUAUUUGUAUCUCACAAACGGAUAUGGAGAGGCUGGCCCUGGGCGCAGAGGGUGCCAUUGAAUCGCUUCUAUAUGAUCUAAUGGUCGCCGACUACAGCCUGAUGAGGCGUUUCGAUUCGGAUAAAUCUUUUAAUCAUUUCGAUAAUGUCGACUAAGUGAUUUGCCAACUAUUAAUAUUUACUACUGGAAACUAUUAUGCUUACAAACUAUAAAUUAAUUAAUGAAUGUGUAAAAGAUGAUCGUACUGUUUAGCUAUUCAUUGAACGCAAAUUUAUAUCUCUUGAUAGAAGAAUCCGGUAUCUAAAGACAAUUAUUUUGUUUAAUGUCCUUCCAUAUAACCUUUGGUAUCUUUUCUACGAAUAUA